AGUUGGCUGCAGUUCAUCGUACGUUUUUACAUUACUGACGUGGCGUGCUUCUUGCCGAGGCUUGUCCUUUCAUUGCAACAUCAUUCUCGUUCACUUUGUUCAGGUCUUUUGCCGGAUAAGCAUAGACUUUGUGAUUUCUCGGUUCAAUUUAUUUGGAAACUCGUAAGCCAAUCAAACAGCCAUGGGUAAGGAAAAGACUCAUAUUAACAUUGUCGUCAUUGGCCACGUCGAUUCUGGUAAAUCUACCACCACCGGUCACUUGAUCUACAAGUGCGGUGGUAUCGACAAGCGUACCAUUGAAAAAUUCGAAAAGGAAGCCCAAGAAAUGGGUAAGGGUUCCUUCAAGUACGCCUGGGUUUUGGAUAAAUUGAAGGCCGAACGUGAGCGUGGUAUCACCAUCGAUAUUGCCUUGUGGAAAUUCGAAACAUCCAAGUACUAUGUCACCAUUAUUGAUGCCCCUGGUCACAGAGAUUUCAUCAAGAACAUGAUCACUGGUACCUCUCAAGCUGAUUGCGCUGUCUUGAUUGUUGCUGCCGGUACUGGUGAAUUCGAAGCUGGUAUCUCCAAGAACGGUCAAACCCGUGAACACGCCUUGUUGGCCUUCACCUUGGGUGUCAAGCAAUUGAUCGUUGGUGUCAACAAGAUGGAUUCCUCUGAACCACCAUACAGCGAAGCUCGUUACGAAGAAAUCAAGAAGGAAGUCUCCUCUUACAUCAAGAAGAUCGGUUACAAUCCCGCUGCCGUCGCUUUCGUCCCCAUCUCCGGCUGGCACGGUGAUAACAUGUUGGAAGCUUCCACCAACAUGAACUGGUUCAAGGGCUGGAAGGUCGAACGUAAGGAAGGUAACGCUGAAGGCAAGACCCUCAUCGAAGCCUUGGACGCCAUCUUGCCACCCACCCGUCCCACAGACAAGCCUUUGCGUUUGCCCUUGCAGGAUGUUUACAAAAUCGGUGGUAUCGGCACAGUACCCGUCGGUCGUGUCGAAACUGGUGUCUUGAAGCCCGGUACCGUUGUUGUCUUCGCCCCUGCCAACAUCACCACUGAAGUCAAGUCCGUUGAAAUGCAUCACGAAGCUUUGGCUGAAGCCGUGCCCGGUGACAACGUUGGUUUCAACGUUAAGAACGUCUCCGUCAAGGAAUUGCGUCGUGGUUAUGUCGCUGGUGAUUCCAAGGCCGCUCCCCCCAAGGGUGCUGCUGAUUUCACCGCUCAAGUUAUUGUAUUGAACCACCCUGGUCAAAUCUGCAACGGUUACACUCCAGUUUUGGAUUGUCACACCGCUCACAUUGCCUGCAAGUUCGCUGAAAUCAAGGAGAAGGUCGAUCGUCGUUCCGGUAAGACCACCGAAGAAAACCCCAAAUUCAUCAAGUCUGGUGAUGCUGCCAUCGUCAACUUGGUCCCAUCCAAGCCCUUGUGCGUUGAAUCCUUCCAAGAAUUCCCCCCAUUGGGUCGUUUCGCCGUUCGUGACAUGAGACAAACCGUCGCCGUCGGUGUCAUCAAGGCCGUCAACUUCAAGGAUGCCUCCGGUGGCAAGGUCACCAAGGCCGCCGAAAAGGCCACCAAGGGCAAGAAGUAGCUGCUUUACUCUGAACAUCAACAACAACAAAACACUGCAGCAAAUUGCAUCUUUUCCAACCAACUUAUUCUACAAACUCCACCAGCAACAUGUAGCAGCAACAACAAC